GGAGGCAGGAGGGCUUCUGAACUGAGGCCUCUUCCUCGUCCACAGAAGCUGCGGUGGCGGUAAAGACCCCUCCCCUUUGGGGAAGAGUGGGUGACGCUGAGAGUGUCAAUGCUCUGACGACUGGACACUAGCCCCCAGUUUCCGCCCGGAAGGAUAUCAAUGGAUAUUAUAAAGGGAAACUUAGAUGGAAUUUCAAAACCAGCCUCAAAUUCAAGAACAUGUCAUGGGAGCAGAGGUUCAAAUGCUUCUUUGGAGGUGCUCUCACCAGAACCAGCAUCCUUCAAGGUUGAUACUGCAAUCAAUUUGAACUCUGGUAAAGAGGGCCACUCAGAAGGCAGUAGUAAUACAGAGGAAGGUAGAAACAGUAAUGAUGAUAAAGAGGUAAACUACUCGGAGAAAAUAAAACUGGCUGAAGAGAGAUCAGAUAAAGAUUCGAACUUGGUUCAGCAUCAGAUAAUCCCUGAAUGUUCAGAUGAGUCCGAAUUAAAUUCUCAACUUCAAGACGCUAUUCAGAAGAUGAAGAGGCUUGAUAAGAUAUUGGUGAAGAGACAACACAGAGAAAAAGAAGUCAAGAAGCAAGGUUUAGAAAUGAGAAUAAAGCUCUGGGAAAAACUUAAGUCUGCAAGAAAUGGUGAAGCUUUACAAAGUAAUGAGGAGGUAGAAAGUACAAAAAACUUUCUAGCUUUGACUGCUGCAUCAGAAGAAACUGUUGAUCCUUCUUGUUACGAGCACGAAGAUACCUUUUUCUCUGUGUUUCACACUCAAGUCCCUCCAGAAGACUAUGAAAACUGUAUGCAGAAUGUCAAUAAAGAUUUUACGUAUGGUGUGGAAAGAAAUGAGUCAUUGAUCAAAGCAGAAAAGAAACCUUUCUCAAAUACAGAAAAGAUUGAGCUCAGGGGUAAACACAGCCAGGAUUUUAUUAAGCGAAACAUUGAGUUGGCCAAGAAUUCAGGACAACCAGUAGUUAUGAUUGACAGAGAGAAGAAAAGGCUGGUUGAACUUUUGAAGGACUUGGAUAACAGUGAUUCAGGGCUGUCCAGUUCUGAGGGAGAUCAGUCUGGCUGGCUGGUCCCAGGAGAAGGAUACACACCUGCAGUCACACAGCAUGAGCAGCUUGCUAAAAUUGAUACAAAACUCCAAGAAUUUUCUGCCGUUUACCCAACAAUUUCCAGCUCUUCUCCAAGACCUGAACAUGAGAAUGAUGAGGAACCUGACCUUAAUGGUGAUGAUAGAAAUACAGAAAUAACUCCACGAGAAAAGGUACUUCGGAAUACCAAAGAGCAACGGGAUCGGCAGAAUCGGUUGAGAGAGAUAGAUGAAAAGCUAAGAAAGAUGAAGGAAAAUGUGUUAGAUUCAACAUCACUACUCUCUGAGGAACAGUUAAGGUGUCUUCUGGAUGAAUGCACACUUAAACAAAAAUCCAUGAUUAGACUGUCUUCAGAAAGAGAAGAGAAAGACAUUGAGGAUAUAACACCUGAGUUGCCCCAGCUUUCCAGAUCUAUUCUCUCUGAGUCACUAGAUGGGUCAGAAAUACAGGUCAAAAGCACUGAGGUGGAAGGCGCAAAUAUGCCUGAGAAUGCCGAAAGUGAAACAUCUAGAGGCUACUAUCUCACCAAAGCCUUGACUGGGCAUUUUAUGUCACAAGCUCUUGUCGUUGAAGCAAAGAAUAUGAAAUGCCUCCAGUUUUCUGAGGACAAGGUUAUUGGUGACACAAAAGACUAUUUUAUGUCAAAGACUCUUGGCAUUGGGAGACUGAAAAGGCCCUCUUUCUUGGAUGAUCCACUGUAUGGCAUCAAUGUGAACCUUUCAUCCGAAGACCAACAUCUGAAACUCAGCCCUCCAGAGAAACCCAAACCAGAUGAACAGGAGACUGAAGAUGUAACAGAAGAAUGUAAAGAAUCUUAAGCAAAGACUUGCUGGGGUGUGCUUUUAAG